AGAGUAAUGCCAAGUUCAUGAGGGAGAGGCAAGCACAUUAUCGCCCCAGUAGCAGCGGGGCUGGAUGUGAAGGAGGCAGCAAAUAGCCACAGCUCUAGCAACGCCCCAGGAUACCGGGAAUGAGCAGCCAAGGGGUUCCCUGCCCCCAAGAGCAGAAUGGUGCUGUGCCUGGCGAGACGUCUAAGCGAGACGAGAACCUCAAGCGUGGCAACUGGGGCAACCAGAUCGAGUUUAUUCUCACGAGCGUUGGCUACGCUGUCGGGCUUGGCAAUGUAUGGCGCUUCCCUUACCUCUGCUAUCGCAAUGGGGGAGGUGCCUUCAUGUUCCCCUACUUCAUCAUGUUGGUGUUCUGUGGGAUCCCCCUCUUCUUCAUGGAGCUCUCGUUCGGACAGUUUGCUAGCCAGGGCUGCCUUGGUGUCUGGAGAAUUAGCCCCAUGUUCAAAGGUGUUGGGUAUGGUAUGAUGGUUGUGUCCAGCUACAUUGGAAUCUACUACAACGUUGUGAUCUGCAUCGCCUUCUAUUAUUUCUUCUCAUCAAUGACACGGGUGCUGCCCUGGACGUACUGCGGCAACUACUGGAACACACCUGAUUGCGCUGGUGUGUUGGACGUUACCAAUGGCUCAGAUGGAUCAUCGCUCAACUUCACACAACUCUUUAACCAGACGGUCAAGCGCACGAGCCCCAGUGAGGAAUAUUGGAGGCGGUAUGUGCUGAAGCUGUCGGAUGACAUUGGGAACCUGGGCGAGGUGCGACUCCCUCUUCUGGGUUGUCUGGGCGUCUCUUGGGUUGUCGUCUUCCUCUGCCUCAUCAGGGGUGUCAAGUCCUCAGGAAAAGUUGUGUAUUUCACGGCAACCUUCCCGUACGUGGUGCUGACAAUCUUAUUUGUGCGGGGGAUAACCCUUGAAGGAGCCGUUACCGGGAUCAUGUACUAUCUGACACCGCAGUGGGACAAAAUUCUUGAUGCAAAGGUAUGGGGAGAUGCGGCUUCCCAGAUCUUCUAUUCAUUGGGAUGUGCCUGGGGUGGACUUAUCACCAUGGCAUCGUAUAACAAGUUCCACAACAACUGCUACAGGGACAGCAUCAUCAUCAGCAUCACCAACUGCGCCACAAGUGUCUAUGCAGGCUUCGUCAUCUUCUCCAUCCUUGGCUUCAUGGCCAAUCAUCUAGGUGUGGAUGUUUCCAAGGUGGCUGACCAUGGUCCUGGCUUGGCCUUCGUGGCAUAUCCAGAGGCACUGACACUACUUCCUAUCUCGCCCCUUUGGUCUGUUCUCUUCUUCUUCAUGCUCAUCCUGCUGGGGCUGGGAACGCAGUUCUGCCUCCUGGAGACUCUGGUCACAGCCAUCGUGGAUGAAAUAGGGAAUGAGUGGAUCAUCCGUCGGAAAACCUUUGUGACUCUAGGUGUGGCUAUAGUGGGCUUUCUUCUAGGGAUUCCACUCACUACACAGGCUGGCAUCUACUGGCUGUUGUUAAUGGACAACUAUGCAGCAAGCUUUUCACUUGUCGUUAUUUCGUGCAUCAUGUGUGUCUCUAUCAUGUACAUCUAUGGGCACCGGAACUACUUCAAGGACAUUGAGAUGAUGCUGGGCUUCCCACCACCCAUGUUCUUCCAAAUCUGCUGGAGAUUCAUCUCUCCUGUUAUCAUAUUUUUCAUCCUCGUGUUCACAGUGAUCCAGUACCGACCGAUCUCCUACAAUACCUAUGUGUACCCCACCUGGGCCAUCUCCAUCGGUUUCCUUAUGGCGCUCUCGUCGGUCAUCUGCAUCCCUAUCUAUGCCGUGUUCUGUGUGAUGCGCUCAGAAGGGGACUCGCUGAUGCAGCGUUUGAAAAAUGCUACCCGUCCCAGCCGCGAGUGGGGCCCAGCCCUUAUGGAGCACCGGAAAGGUCGCUAUGCGCCAGUACUCAGCUCCUCCACAGAGUCCCAGCUGGAGGUGCAGCUGCUGAACCCUGAGAAGCCCAAGAGCGACGAGGCUGGCGUGGCAGUUGCCAUCACCGUGGGAACCAACGGCUCUACCCACAGCCAGGACUCCAAGAUCUGAACAUGAGCCUGGGAGGCAGGGCAGGGAGCCCUCCUUGCACCUCCCCUCUCCCACCUGCCCUGGUCCUCCCAACCCUACUCUGCUCAGAUAUAUGACAGCGCCCCCCACUGGGUGGGGGAGCCCUGGCUCCAGGGCUGCACCGGACUCUGGGGGAGGGGAUGUGAGUUCCAACCCCACCCACCUCAUUAGUGCCCCCGUGCCAUCUUGUAACCCUCAUGUUUACAGUCAUGUUUGGAUGGCCCCAAUUCGCAACCAGGACCAGGGUCAGGGGUGGGGAGGGUGUGCACUGGCUGAAACGUUGGGGGUGCCUUGGGAAACGGCACCAGGAGGAGGGUCGGUUGGAGCCUCGCUGGCUCAGCAACCCCUUUGGGGGUGGAUUCUGGCAGCUGCACCUGGGCCCAGGGGGUCUGGUAUCUAUUGGGGGUGGUAUGCCCCACACUGCCCUGGAUCAGGGCCCUGGGGACUGGCCCCACAGAUAAGUAAAUGGGGGACUGGGGUGGGGGGAGGGCAAGAGGGUUGGUCGUAAUUGUAAAUGUUAAUCUUGACAUUCUAGGCAUCGCUUGGCCACAGGCUAGGCAGCCUUCAGCUAGGCUGUUGCCCCUGCGAGGGCUCUUCCAGAGAUGCACUUAAGACUGCACCUCUCCCCCCCCCCAACCAAUGCACAUACCUCCCCAGCUUCCCCACCUAGGAAAGGAAAGCUAGCUUCCCCAGCACUUACCAAUUUGCACUUCUCACCAUGGCCUCCCAUGAUAAGAAAUGUUCCUGCUAGAAACUAUGUAUUGAAUUUGGCAGGUUAAUGAUUGGCGUGGGUGGGUAGGGGUCAGGAGAGGGCAUGGGAGGAUCACAACUCAAUGAACAAAAAUAUGCACUUGUCUCCCUCCUGAUCUUAAUAUUGAGCCUUAUUUGCACACCAUCCAGAAUCGCACACCUGUAGAGUGAAAUGUAAGCAAACAGCAUCUCUCAUAAAUAGAAAAAAGGGACAGCUGAGAGGCUGGAUGCACCGUAUUACCAUGACAGACAUCUCGGGCAACGCCACAGACUCUGGGCAGCACAUGCAGCCCGCUGGACAGAUUUUGCCCAGGUGUGCAUUCUUGGUCUAGACAGCAUCUUCUGGAUGCUUCCCCCAAGCCUGUUAUUCUGAAGCACUUUUCUACACUCUUCCCCGAAGAGGAAUAAAUUAAUUUGAAUGGGGUCUCCAAAAAGGAAAGAGACCAUUUGGACCUAGCCCUGCCUCAUCCCACAGGGAAAGGGACAGAGCCAACCAUGGUGCUAAGAGCAGAUGAUGUGCCACGUCCUGCCCACACCAUUGCAGGUGGGAAAGACACACACACACAAAGAAAAAGCACAAGCUUCCCUAAAGGCUAUCCUGGCCAGGCCUGGGUUCCACGUGGCCCACUUCUCCACUAGUGGUGGGGGAAGAAACUGCUAGCUUCAUGGUGAAGCUUUGGAGAAGUUGGCCAUAGGCACCAGCCCCGUCUCCAGCUGCAAGGCUUUUCUCCCUAACACAAAGCAGGGCCUGUGCUGCCUCAGAUGGGUAGGAGGUACUAAUGGUUCCGUCUUCCGGCCUCACUGUCCCGUGUUUCCAUUUCAGUGUUGCUGCCUGCACUUUACCCCCUAGAAACGCCUGGGUGGAGGAGACAGGAGACCCCGGCAGCCACAACCCUGUCUUUUACCCCAAUGCCAAUUCACUUAACCAAUGCCAAACAGUGCAUGUUGGGGGGCGCCCCUCAGCUCCCAGCCGUGCACGAUUGCUGCGGUGUAGCCAUGGUGCCAACAGCAAGGGCACACCUGGCUCCUACCCACGUGGUACCUGCUCCAGCCAGUGGCAUGGGCAUAGCAGCCAGCGUUCCAAGUGCCAAACGUCUGCAUCGUGAGCAGCAGUUAAGAGGGAGAGGGGGGACAGAUGGCUCCAUGCCAUGAUGGUACUUUCACCCUAAGCCUCCAGCCCCUGGACCUUCCCUCCUCUGCGCCAAGGCUGCACUAUUUAAUGCAUGGUUCCGUGUCUGUCCUUUCCUCCUGUGUCGAAGGCGGCAGCUAGCAUUGCCGCCUCAUCGUUCAUAGCAAUAAUUGUGACGCGUCUCCCAUACUGUGACUCUUCCAGUUGUAGAUUUUUAAAGUCUGAUAGAUUUUAAUGAAAUUUAUAUUCCUGAA